AUGCCCCAGGUUUACCGCCGGCAUUCUGAACGCAUCCAGCGCCCGCCUCCCGAGCUCCGACGGCGCAACACUCAGUUAGCUCCUCAGCCUACCGACGCCGACGACUCCAUCGUCCUCUCCGACCUAGUCCGUACAGGAGAAGCUUCACGUCUACGCCGACGAGGAGCCAUGCGAAUCGACCAUGGACAAAGCGGUGCUCCUAGGCCAUCACCACCGAGUAACGCGUUACCGCCCGCCGUCCGGCCUUCCGGAGGCAGCAGGUUUGUCGUCGAACCAGCGAUGUGGGCGCCCUCUCAGGGAUGGGGGCCCCCUGACCCAUCUGUGGAGGACGAACUAUUCAACGGAGGAGAGUGGAGGGAAUGGGCGGGUGAUGAUCGCGCUGAAGAUGAAGGGCGAGCAGAUGGCGCCCAGGAUGAUGAUGAAGAAGGCUUCCUCCUCGGGCACCCGUAUCGCCCCUCGUUGUUCCCCGUGUCUUCAGCAGGCUCGCCGUCCACACGUGGGGCGGAGCGCACAGAGCGUAGGUCGAACGGAUGUGGGGCAUUGGUCCACAUGCGCGCAUUUCCGCAGGGCCCACGCGGCUUGUGGGUGGGCAAGCAGGAGGCUUCGGACAUCGUGGUUGGCUUAGAGGCAAACUACUUCGAGAGAUCCGUUGUAGCGAAGAUGAUGAAGAGUGCAUGCGGCUGUGUGAGGGAAGGCAUCGCGUGUGCGGUAUGCGGAAAUACACUGGGUACACGGUACCUCCCUUGCCAAGCAGCAUCCGAAGGCCUCUUCUCCCAUUCAGCAUCCAACCAUACGCCAGCACCCCGUCCUCUAGGCCCCACAGGCCCGCAGUACUGGCGUAACCGGAGACCGCCAUCCGCAUCCUCUUCCAGUACACGCACAUCCUCAAGCUUCUACCUCUACACCUUCUUUGCUGACCACGUCUCCUCCUCCCCCGCGUACGCAUUCCCAGAAGCGGCGAAGCAUACCGCCGGUCACGCCCAGGCGGACCAGACCCCGGUCCCGGGAAGCAGACCAGGCUCGCCGCCACUGACAUACGGGUACAGAUACACGGCCUCGCCGAGACCUGUCUCGCCGUACCCACUGCCAUCUACUAUGCCCAGCGCGCCUAACCGUGCCCCGAGUCCUGACGCAGCCCCGACAUCGUCGAUCAUACCUGCGUCGUUAUACCCCGUGUGGGCCCCGAUGCCACCACGGACUCCGCCACCACAGUCCUUCGUGCGGACACCGCAGCUCGCGCUCAAUGUACCAGAGAAUGGGACAACGAGCACGGGUACGCUUGUUGAGGGGCCGUCUGGUGUCGACGAGGACGAGACUGUAACGGGAGAGCUGGAUGCAGACGACGAGCCGAGCUCGCCUGACAAGACGACAGAGAUGGUGUGGCCAGGACGGUGA